AUGAAGUCACUCAUAUUCCUCGCGAGCUCCGCACUUACAUUCGCCGCGCCGCAAAAAGCCCCCAGUUUCAGCGGCGCAGCUUUAGUCCCUACUGGCUCUCGGAAUCUCGCCUACGAACAACGCAGCGAUGAGCUGUGCGUCUCUCUGAGCAACGGAUACCUGGGCGAUGCUCGCAAAGGCAUCUACCAAGAGAAUCUGUGCUUCCCAGCUGAUAACUCCAUCAAGUGCAACAUUCCACGCCUGCCCAACCAGUUACGCAGCAAUGUCAGCUCGAUUCGUGUCCCUGUCAAUGAGGUCUGCUCGCUCUACAUUGAAGAUAAUUGCGGUGGCAAGGUCACCCAGUAUUCUCACGCUUCGGAUGGUACCAAUCUCCAAGGCACGUGGUUCGACAAGAAAUAUCGCAGUGUCCACUGCAAGAAGCUGGACAGGCCCCCUCCAGCCGUCAAGUUCUAUACUCCGACUCCGGACGUGCCCAUCUCAGAAAGCGACGCAACCGAGUAG